AUGAACUGCUAUACGAAGAAGAAGGAGGAGGGAGGAGAAGUAGGCGGAGAAGUGGAGGUGAGGAAAAGGCGAAGAAGCAUAUCAGGACGCGCCGCGCAGCGCAGCGCUUGCCUGCACCUGCACGACGCCGACCAUCCGUCCAUCCAUCCGUCGUCCAUCAUCCAUCCUCCGCAGCUGUGCGCGCUGGAUUGCGGCUUGUCGGCGCCCAGACGGCCGCAUGACGACGUCACCAACGCGGCCAAGAAGCACCGAGGAGGAGCCCACACGGUGGAGCCCAUGUUCACUCCACCAGGCGGGGCCCCUGCUCCGGGCCAAGCAGGGGCUGCCGGACCCUCACUGCCUUCAUCCGUGCCCUCCAUUCACCCUGCUGUGGUUCCGCCCACUUGUAACACCGUGAGGACUCGUUCUAUUGGCACCAACACGCAGGAAGUUGCCCUUCCUGCCACGCCAAACUCCGAUGCUGACUUCCUUGGCCCCUGCCAGCCAGGGACCAGCGUCAAUCUGGAGGGUAUUGUAUGGCAUGAAACUCAAGAAGGCGUGUUGGUGGUCAACGUGACGUGGAGGAAGAGGACCUAUGUGGGAACACUGUUGGACUGCACCAAACUUGAUUGGGCCCCUCCCAGGUUUUGUGAGUCUCCGUCCAGUGACCUGGAAAUGCCAGGUGGUCGUGGCCGGGGAAAAAGACUGCGUCUCGCUUUAGCAGAUCGGCCCUGUGGCAAUGCGGCACCGCCAGUUAAAAUGCGAGGCCUGCCACAGCACCGAAGCCGGGGCGGUGGCAUAGCGGCUUCACCAGUGCACAGCAAAGGCCGGCGUGGUAGUUUAAAACUCCUUAGCAACUGCAGAGCUUCUCCGCCUUUCUUCAGCACAGAGGAAACCAAACCUGCCAACCGGGCCUCAGUCCUCCCUUCCGGCAAGCGGAAGAACAAACCACCGGCUAACCUGGACCUCACUUUGGUUUCCUCAGAGGACAUUAAGAACGGAAAUGGGAAGAGGAUACGGGCUAAAUGCCGCAGCGCCCCGUCCACUCCACAGGGUAAGUCUGACCCCUCUUUCCUGGACCCGGGGGGAGGUUGCACCUCAUCGCCUCCGCCAAUUCUCAUCGACUGCCCCCACCCCAAUUGCACCAAGCGGUACAAGCACAUCAAUGGGCUGCGUUACCACCAGACACACGCCCACUUGGAGGUGGAGGAGCAGAGGAAUCCUGAGGUCGAGGAGCGUCUGUCAGACUGCGAGGAUGCCGUUUAUGACCUUAUGGAGUCCUCCACCAACGUAGCUGCUGCCACCACUUCAUCCAAAAAAGCCACCCCAAUUUACAAGGUUACCACAGUGGGCUCGCCCAAAAAUCGACGGCUGCUCCUCAGCACCAAAACCAGAAGGAGCUCUCUGCUGAAGGACGACCUCAGCAACUUGCCUAUUAUCUCCAACAUGACUGUGGUUCUGGAAAACUGCAUGGUGCCAGACCGUAGUGCCACCGUAGAAAUGCCCAAGCUGGAAGCCGAAGGUCUAAUUGACAAGAAGAUCCUCUGCGACAAGAGUAAAAAAUCCAAUGGGAAGGUGGACAAACUCUCAAAGUCACGGACUAACCGGCUGAUUGCACCAGCUCCCACGCCUCCUAAGCUUAUUGCCAUACCCAACGCGGCAUAUCCGACGGACAGCGGCACCUCACAGCAGCCUUCGUCUGUGCCAGUCGUGGGCAUGACCAGCAAAAACUCAUCCCUAAAACCCAUCAAGCCCAAACUCAAUAUCAUCAUGGAACCCAGCCUGGUUAAAUCCACAUUAGUGACCUGCAAAGAGCCGCGCAAGAAAGAGAAGCGACGAACUAAAGACAAACAAAACCGCGACGCGACUGCUUGGACGGCAAAUGGCGAUGCCGUCAAAAUGGAAGAAGGUGCUCCUAAAAUUGUUGCCAAAGAGAUUCCAGGGAGUCUCCUGAAGGAACACCUGAGCAAGCAGGAUAUGAUGAUUGGGCUCAAUGAAAGCCAGGAAAGCCGAAUGGCAAGUAUCCGUGCCGAGGCUGACAAGGUAUACACCUUCACGGACAAUGCCCCCAGUCCCUCCAUCGGAAGUUCAUCGCGGCUCGAUGCCCCUGGCGGUUCUCUGCUGAUGGGGGACAGCAAGGACAACAGCCCCGCUUACUCCGACAUUUCAGAUGCAGGUGACGACGGCGUUUCCUCUGAAAAUCGCCUUGAAGGACUCAGACCCAUGUCUGGUUCCUCUGUAUCAUCUGAAGUCAACUCUACCAGUAACCAUAGUAACACCAGGAAAACGCCACCCAUGAUAACUGCCCCGCAUCCCACAAAAGAACCUCAGUCCCCGUACUACCACAGCUUCGAGCCGUACUUCCUGCCAGGCUAUUCACAGGCAGAAAGGCAGAACACCUAUCAUAAAAGCUCCUCCAACGAUUCUAAAGCUAAAGAUCAAAAGGAGGAUGAUAAAGAUGAUGACAAAGGCCCCGCCCACGACUUUGCGGACUGUAAAAAAGGCGACGUGCCAGCAGCGCCUUCUCAGCUGCAGUUGGCCAUGAGUCAGACCCAGACUGCGUUGGCUCAGUCACUAUAUUAUGGACAGUAUUCGCGAGGCCUCUACAUAGAUCAAAAACUCCUACUGACCUCCAAGUGCUGUGAGCAGAAGCAACGUGCUGAGCGAGUGUCUACUGGGCGAGAUGGGGACGUCAGACACACCAGCGGACCUAAAGGGCACGAAGGUGCUAAGGGCUGUUGUCCCAAACCCACCCUGUCCUACUUGGAUGAGAGGGGGGAAAGAGGGCUGGGCCUGAAGGUGGACCAGCAUCAUGUCUCAGCCAAAGACUGUGAGGACAUCAAGUCACUUUCCACCUCCUCCUCCACUUCUUUGUCCUCGUUGCACCACACCCACAACACUCAGACAGAUCUGGACUCAAAUGUUCCCUAUUCCAGCCCCCCAGAUGGCCCUACGUGGCCACACCGACUGGCUCAGAGCAAAUUCUCAGAGCUACAGAGUCCACUUGGGGAGGCGGCCAACGAGGGGGACGCAGAGGUGUCAAAGGAGUGGGGGAAUACCACCGAGCCAGCCGAGCCAAAAGCGACCUCAGUAGCCCGCGAUGCCAAAAACGUCCAUGGCUCGCACAACCUGCCACCCCCUAUAGACCCAGAUGAGUCCGAUGGACAAGAAAGGCAACAGGAGGAACCUGUUGGAGUCCUGUCAGGGGAAUCCCAAAGUGCCCGGGCGGCUGUGUCUCCUCCGAUGACUCCCCAGCAGCCCUACAUGCAGUAUCAGCCCUCUUCUUACCCACCCUACCUGGCAAUGUGUGAGAGCAGCGGGGGCUCCUACAGGGGGGCAUCUCCCACACUGGUCCACAACUACCCAGGCUUCCACUACCCUUUGUAUGGCAAGACAGCGGGAAGAGAGGACGCCGAGCCCGAUGAAAAAGGUUCUCUCGAGGCACAGCGCGAAGUCGACCGAAGUGACCGAGGCCAUGCAGUGUUGGGACGACACCUGCACACACACCAUCACACACACCUGGGACUCACUUACAACCUGGUCGCAGGUCAAUACGAUAUCUACCCGGGUUUGAGCUCUCGGUCUCUGGUGUCUGGUCCGCAAGUGUCAGGACGAACAUCAGCCGACGGUGAAGUGAAGAAGUAGCGACAUAGCAGAAUGAGAAGACUCACACAUCAAAUCUGCGGUGUUUCUUGGUGAAGCCUUGCGGCGAGAGGCCAACGAGAUAAACAUCAAGUAUUAUUUCUUACUAGCGCUAGCUAUAGUACAAAAAGCUUUUGUACUGCGCUGGAAAUGGAUUUCGGGAAAGGAAAAAAUGUACAGGGGUGUUUCUAAACGCACAUUAUUGUUCUGACUGAAUGUACUGAUGAUGAAGCUAACGAUGAUGACGCUACAUUUGUAUUGCUAAUUGCUAACUGUACGUGUUGAUUGUAUCGUCUCAUGUGAGCAUAGCCCUUCUUAAUGCCUCUGUACAUAGCAUCCGGAGUCAUGAGCUCGUUAGCAUGUGUUCACCGCCAUUGGAUGCGUGGUAGGAAAGGGCAGGGCUUUGGGGGAUGCUGCAGUAAUGACACCUGGGAAUUCAGAGUUUCUAAUGGAAAAAGUAAGCUGAUUGAACAAGAAGUAGUCACGUGAUGUCAUAAAACAAUGGCGACAGGCCCCCAAAAAACUAUCAACGCAGUAUUAUUAUUCACUGAAAAGUUUUGAGAUAACCAAGACCUCACCAAGUGGGAUAUCCCAAUUUUGAUUAUGUCAAAAAUACCCCAAGAAUCAAGACGCUAAAAAACACUCGCCAUUGACUCACGCUAGCUUAUCCACUACUGAGCCCUUAAAACAAAUACCUGACCAACUUCAUGAAAGUUGUUGAAAUCAACUCCACCGACUUAAUUAAACCCCCACUAACUUGAAGAUUAAUGUAAAAAAUUCUGAACUUCCCCUUUAUGGCAAAACACUUCCACUUUUGUCCACCCUUGUCGCUAAAAUCGACCAAAACUGAGAGUUACAAAGUGUUGCUUUAAAGCGCAUCAAUUUGCCUGAGUCAAAAAAAAAAAAUUCACAUCCAAAAUGUAAAAAUAGUUAUUUGACCAUUUGACACUGAAAAAUAAAUAUGAACAAAAUUAAUACCGUAUUGGCCCGAAUAUAAGAUGGUGUUUUUUGCAUUGAAAUAAGACUGAAAAAGAGGGGGUUGUCUCAUAUUCGCGGUCUAGACAUUAUACCCAUUCACAACGCUAGAUGGCGCCAGAUAUCAUUCAAGUGAUGUUCUGUCAUGAAAGAUAUCAGCUACUCUCAAGUUUUACCAGUUUGCAUUAUUUUAUUGCAAUAUUUUUCCUUAUUCAGAUUUGUUUCAAGACUACAGCUACAGUUAGACUUCACUUUGAUUGUUAAUGCAGUUAUUGCAAUUUUGUUGUGCUACAGUUAGACUUCACUUUGAUUGUUAAUGCAGUUAUUGCAAUUUUUUGUUUUAUCACAAUAGAUUGGUUUAUUUACAUUUCAAAAACCACAAGCCAUUCAUUAACGAAUGUGAUUGCACUUUAGUUUACAUAUUUAAAUGUUCAGAUAUAAUGAUUUGAAUGAGGCAAAAUAACAUGGUUUUUCUCUCAAAUAUAUUGUUAUAAUCGUUUGUUUCGGAUGUACUGUAAUUAUUUUCUGUAUAAAAAUUAAUUUGGUGUUCAAAAAGUCUUUUUUCAAACUUGAGUCUUGAAAAAGAGGUGGUCGUCUUAUAAUCAGGGCCGUUUUAUAUUCGGGCCAAUACUGUAAAUAAUAAUACAUUCAAAUUGAUUAGCAACAUGAACUCACGAGGACAAUAUGCCAAACAAUUUGACCGAAAAAACCCCCCAAAAUUAAUAAACAAAAACAACAGUGUCAUUAGAAAGAGGGACAGUUUUUAUUUAUGUGGCAGGCAGUAUUAGUUCCUUUGCUAUGGUGUGGUGUUAUUUUGCAAUGAGCAACUUGGUAUGCCACCUUAUAUGAUGCUAACAGUGCUCACUGGUUGACAGAUAUAACACUGACAAAGCAGGACGAUUGUUGGCAAUAUUCAGCACGUUUUUCGCUGGUAGAAAAAAAAAAAAUCAAGCGGCUUUAAGUGAUGUCUUCUUUGAUUUGGCUUCCUGCUGUCUGCUGCAAACAUUUUUAGACACAAUAAACAGACUGGUCUUUCCUCAUCUCCCUCUGUAUUAAAAGUCAACGCCAAAAGCCAAACGUUAAAUACACUUAGUCGUAUUUCCUCAUCUUAGCUCUUCAUAUCUCCAGCGCUCUUUGCUGUGUGCUCUUGUUUGGUUCGAAAAUACACACUCUGAAAAUGAGAGCGCCAGUGCCACCCACUGAGUGGAUGUGCAAUUACACUUUAUUCUAGUACGGCGAAAAAAUAUGUUCCCCGAGGUCACAUGAGCCACCCCUCGGGAGGUGGAAGGGGGAGGGUGCCCACUAUUUGAGUGUACUGCAUUAAUCAGACGAAGGUGUUUUUUUGUCUUUUAGGUGAAACUUCAUUGCUGCACUUUGUUCAAAACACUUAGAUAACCGUACAGUACAAGAACAUAAUAGAAUGUGUGAAUGUGAGUCCUGCAAAUGCAUUUAUACAGCCAGUGAGAUUUGAAGUUAGCUUUCAUCCACUCGCUAAUAAAUCCAAUGGCAAGAACUUGAAAACGGGAGUCCCACAAAGCAAUGCUGUUUUCCUGCCCCGGUUUUCCUCAUGACCUUCCUCCUCCAAUGAACUACCUGAGCCUGUCAUGUUGGAUUUGAAGUGAUUUAUGGAUAUGAAAUAUAAUAUAUGGUGCUGCUCUUUGACAUGAAUUCCCACCCUCUCCGUUGCUCUCACAUCAAUAAUAUUUAAAAGUAGCAAAAUGUAAUGAAUCCAACUUUAAAUGAUCAUGUACUGUGUUAUGAUGUUGUGUGUCCUCCAGCAACGGCUCUGCCUCACUCCAUAAAAAUACAAACAUGAUACAUACAUACAUACUACUUGAACAUGGUGAUACAAUAUCUGUUUACAAAAUGCUACCGAGGGGGACUGUUGUCAUCAUCCAGUGGCGUAUUCAACGAAUAUAAAUUCAUAGAUUCCCAUUAUCGCUCUGACAUUGACAUGGAAAUCGCUGUUGCUUUUUUUUAUACUGUAUAUGCCUUAAUUCAUAUGUUCGGCAAUCAUGAUUAAAGGACGUUUAUAUAUAUA